ACACCGCACAGACAGACCAAGCCGGCUGCCUCUUUGCUGCGAACAGCAAACCAGAGCAGGCCCGGCACAGGCACUUGGCUCGUGCGCACGGGUAAUAGACCACCCACCCCGGGGACUGGCAGGGCAGGAAACCAUGGCGACGUGCCACUGCUCUGAGCCGGCGCAAUGCCUCCACCGGCCCUUGCUGACGCCGGCGCCAGGAUACCCAAGGCUGCACGACCGCAAGAAGACGGCGGCUGCCGGUGGCGGCGGCGGCGUCGUGGGCGAGGUGGCGUCCAUCCUCCGGCUGACGGGGCCAAUGGUCGGCGCGGGGAUCCUCCUCUACCUGCGCUCCCUCGUGUCCAUGGUCUUCCUGGGCCGCCUCGGGCAGCUCCCGCUCGCCGGCGGCUCCCUCGCGCUCGGCUUCGCCAACAUCACGGGCUACUCCGUGCUCUCCGGCCUCGCCGGCGGCAUGGACCCCGUCUGCGGCCAGGCGUUCGGCGCGGGCCGGACGGACCUCCUCCGCGCCGCGCUCCGGCGCACCGUGGCGCUCCUCCUGGCCGCGUCCGUGCCCAUCAGCGCGCUCUGGCUCGCCAUGCGCCGCGUGCUCGUGGCCACGGGCCAGGACGCGGACAUCGCCUCCGUGGCGUACGCCUACAUCCUCUGCUCGCUCCCCGAUCUCGUCGUGCAGUCCUUCCUCCACCCGCUCCGCAUCUACCUGCGCGCGCAGUCCGUCACGCUGCCGCUCACCUACGCUGCCGCGGCAGCCGUGCUCCUCCACGUGCCCAUCAACUUCGUCCUCGUCGACGUCCUCGGGCUCGGCAUCCGGGGCGUCGCGCUGGGCGCCGUCUGCACCAACCUCAACUUCCUCCUUUUCCUCGUGGCGUACGUGUGCGUCUUCGGAAUGUACGGCGGCGAGGACAGCGACAAGAAAGCUGCUACGCCGGUCGAGGAGGAGGAGGGCGCGAGGGAGUGGUGGAGCCUGGUGAGGCUGUCCGUGCACAGCUGCAUGUCCGUGUGCUUGGAGUGGUGGUGGUACGAGAUCAUGGUGCUCCUCUGCGGCGUGCUCGCCGACCCGAAGGCGGCGGUGGCGGCCAUGGGCGUGCUGAUCCAGACCACUUCGCUCAUAUACAUCUUCCCGCACUCGCUCGGCUGCGCGGUGUCCACGCGGGUCGGCAACGAGCUCGGCGCGGGGCGUCCGGAGCGGGCGCGCCUCGUGGCGCGCGUGGGGCUCUGUCUCGGCGCGGGGCUCGGCCUCGUGGCGUGCGCGUUCGCGGUGUCCGUGCGCGGCGUGUGGGCGCGGACGUUCACAACGGACGACGCCAUCCUGAAGCUCACGGCCGCCGCGCUGCCAUUGCUGGGCCUGGCCGAGCUGGGCAACUGCCCGCAGACGACGGGGUGCGGCGUGCUCCGCGGGAGCGCGCGGCCGGAGAAGGCCGCGAAGAUCAACGUGUCGGCCUUCUACGGCGUCGGGAUGCCCGUGGCGCUGGCGCUGGCGUUCCGCCCCGCGCGGCUCGACUUCCGCGGGAUGUGGGGCGGCAUGCUCGCGGCCCAGCUCGUCUGCGCGGCGCUCAUGCUGCGCGCCGUGCUCGGCACGGACUGGGACGAGCAGACGGAGCGCGCGCGCGAGCUCACUGGCGGCGGCAUUGUCGACGACAAGCAGCAUGCAGAAGUGGCCAAAGGGGGUGCCGACAACGCAUUGUUCGUGGUGGUAGCCGAUUGUGUGUAGUAGCGGGCGAUGGAGCGAGUCUCGAUUCUUGGAUCAUAUUGAGUCCUUGAUUGAUUCUUUUAGCUAUAGGAUUUUAUUUUUCUUCUCUAGUUCUGUAAUUUUACUGAACUUUAUUCUGCGGGAUUCUGGCAAUGAUAAGCUGCAAUCUCCUUACAUUUUAGCUUCUUUUUGUCCUCUUUGAGUUGAGGGUGGUUUACAGUGAAGAUAGUGGCCGGUGUACAAAUGCAGCCACUAGACACUGUUGCCUUCAGAUUUGAUAACAAUGCCAAACAAUAUUUUUUCCCCUUUCGA